AUGAACGAUAUUAGUGGCUCAUCAGACGACGAGGUGAUUCCAGCAUCCAAACGUCGCCAAAGUGAAUCGAUGCCAAUCGAUGGAGAGGAUUCAGAUUCUGUUGAUGAAGAUUUUCAAUUAGAAGACAGUGAAAGUGAUGUAGCUGAAGAAUACGAUGAGAACUAC